UGUCUGAGCCGCUGUGUCUGUGACUGUCUGAGCCGCUGUGAGCGGUGAUGCCGUAUCACAAGUACACGGGGCUGCAGGUCAGUUUGCUGCUCAAAUACACCCUCUUCAUCUUCAACAUCUUGUUCUGGCUGGUGGGAAUCGCACUCCUGGGUGUCACCUUUUGGGCUUGGAGUGAGAAGGGAGUGCUGAACAUUCAGUCAAUCAGUGAUCUGAAUGGCUUUGACCCAGUGUGGAUCUUGCUGGUGGUGGGAAUCAUGUGCUUCAUCCUGGGCUGUACCGGCUGUAUCGGGGCACUGCGGGAGAACAUCUGUCUGCUCAAGUUUUUCUCAGUGGUGAUCAGUGGGAUCCUGAUGGUGGAGCUGGCAGCUGGGUUGCUGGGCUUCGUGUUCCAGGAUUGGUUGAAGAGCAAAGUGCAGUCAUUUAUCAAGGACAACAUCCAGGCUUACAGAGACGACAUCGACCUGCAGAACCUCAUCGACACUGUCCAGAGAUAUAUGCAAUGCUGUGGAGCCAUCGACCCUGAAGACUGGAACAACAACAUUUACUUCAACUGCUCGACCACCAACCUGAGCCGGGAGCGCUGCGGUGUGCCCUUCUCCUGCUGCCAUCCCGACCCUGCGCAAAUGGUGGUGAACACACAGUGCGGCUACGAUAUCCGCAACAUGAAGAAGAAAGAGCAGGAAAGCGUUAUCUUCUUGAAGGGCUGCAUUCAAGCGUUUGAGGACUGGAUUCCGCCGAACAUCUACCUCGUGGCUGGUAUCUUCCUGGGCAUCGCCUGCUUGCAGAUGUUCAGUAUCUACCUCGCCCGCUCCCUCAUCAGUGACAUUCAAAGGGUACAGUCGACAUGGCGUCAUUGAGAUCAGCAAGAGGAAGCUGUGGCCUCAGAGCUUCUGUCACAAGAUCAGAGUCACAUUAAACAAAAGCAACAUUGCCUUGUGUGUCAAAGACACAAUCCAGGUGGAGAUUAACAUCUGCCUGUCUGCCUCCCGUGAAGGGCGCUACUGUAUAUAAAUGUAAGUUGUUGUCUGCCCCGCUUCUGUCUGCCUGUACGGUCAGUGUGCAUGUGUAAAUGCUGAUGUGCAUAUUAGUGCAAACGCACGUAUAUACGUGUGCACACGUGUAUUUGUGUGUGAAUGUAUGCGUGUGUGAGCCUGUGGCAGUGUUGUGUAUGUGUUUGUGUGUGUGAGACUGUGACGGUAUGGUAUGUCGCUGCCCGAGUUGCGCUGUACUAAUUUCCCAACGCUCGCUGCCCCUCUCGUCCCAGGGAGGAGGUGUCGCUGAGGGAGAGGGCCUGCUCUUAGCUCUCGGUUUAAAGGGAAGGAACCACUGAUAGCAGCUGGAUGCUGAGAGAGAGAGGUGUGUGCUCCCCACUCAGCCUCCCCAGCGAUCCCUGGAUCAGAGUGGGGGGAUGGGGGAGUGCUCUGAGACCCUCCGACCAGGCUCUCCCUGCCUCAUGGUGCUUGCUGCCGCACCCAAUACCUUUUAGUACAAUGCGGAUGGGUUGAGCCGUCUGUGCUGAAAACCUGUCUGUGGUUUGCGAUUGAAUUGACGCAAUUCUGUCUCAUGUUAAUGUCAAGCAAUCUGGGAUGCUUGCCUGAGGGCAGUAUAUAAAUGCAAGUUGUUGUUGUUGUUGAAGGGGACGUACAGGCCCAGAACGGGGCGAAUUCCGAGAAAAAAUUCUCUGAAUCUGUUUGUGUUAAUCACAGUGAAUUAUUAAUCUGGGAGCGAGAGGAGGGUGGGGUGGGGGUGGGAGUGAGGGUGUCGGACACCCAAGAACCAACCACUAAAUCAUUCUUUUUCGUACUUUUUAUAACAAAAAUCAAAAUAUAUUUUUUACUCUCGAGAAGUGACAAUAAGGAUUGAAUUUUGUGCGUGUGUGUAUAUUAUAUAUAUAUGUGUGUGUGUUUUAUGGGCUGUGAUGAGGGUGUAAAGCCAAGUGAAUGGGUAAUGUCCCUCCCACCAUAGAGAUUCAAGCUUUACCCUACAUGGUGGGUUAUUUGGGGACCUUUCCUCUCUCCUUACCUCUCUCCCCCCACCCCUCUGCCCUCCCCCUCCUUCCCUCUCUCUCUCGCUCCCUCCACACAGUCCCAUACUGUAAAGACUACUGCCAUUGACUGCCUGUCUGCUGUUAGCUGGAAGAUUUCUGCAAAAAUCACCAAAGAGUAAUUUUUAUUGUUUUUUUUGUAAUUUAAAAUGUCUUACUCUAUUUUAUUACUCUGCGUCUGUGACUCUGUCUGUUC